AUGAUGAUGUGUUGUCUACAAACUCUGCUGCUGCUGUUGCUGAGGCUCUCGGGCUUGGCCCUGACUGCCCCUACAACACAGAACAAUUUCUUCUACCAUGACUUCCUCAGUGGAAAUGGCAACAAAGAACUUCAUUUCAGUGGUGUGGAGCUCCAUGUGGACUCUGCUCAGCCCUCAGUGUCUGCAGUCAGGGGGGGCAGUGCCACCAUGCCAUGCAGGUUUUGGUAUGAGCCUGAGUUGAGCUCGCAAAGAGAUGUGCGGGUCAAGUGGUCCUGGCUGCCUGCUGCUGGGGGACAUGAGACAGACGUGCUGGUGGCUUUGGGCCCUCGCUGUCACAGUUUUGGGGCCUUCAGUGGUCGUGUGCAGCUCAGACAGGAUUUCCCAGGAGAUGCUGCACUUGUGAUGACUGACCUCCAGCUGAAUGACACAGGCCGUUACCGCUGUGAGGUGGUGGACGGACUGGAGGACAGGAGCUCUUCAGUUUAUCUGGAGUUACGAGGUGUGGUGUUUCCCUACCAGCACCCUCGUGGUCAUUAUCAGCUCAGCUUUCUGGGAGCCCAGCAGGCCUGUGAGGAGCAGGGCUCCACGCUGGCCACCUUCACACAGCUCUUCCAGUCCUGGAAAGAGGGUCUUAACUGGUGCAGUGCAGGCUGGCUGGCUGACGGGACAGUCCAGUACCCCAUCACCCGGCCUAGAGUGCCCUGUGGGGGGCAUAGCCUCGCCCCAGGUGUCCGGAGCUACGGCAGGCGGCACCUGCAGCUUCAUCACUAUGAUGUCUUCUGCUUCUCCUCUUUGCUGAGAGGUAAAGUCUACUAUCUUCAACCCUCUCGCAAGAUGAACCUGACUGAGGCUCAGCAGGCGUGUCAGGAGGACGGAGCCGAGGUCGCCAAAGUCGGGCAGCUCUAUGCCGCCUGGAGACUCACAGGCCUGGACCGCUGUGACGCCGGCUGGCUGGCAGAUGGAAGUGUUCGGUACCCCAUCACCAGACCAAGAAGAAACUGUGGUCCCUCUGAGCCGGGGGUGCGCAGCUUUGGCUUCCCACCUCCUCACCAUAAACAUGGAGUCUACUGCUACAAGUCGGCUGAUGAAUGAAUCUAGAUAACCGUCAAAUAUGUUUCCUCAUGAGCUGCUUCAUGUGUUAAUAUGGAAACUGAAGAUGAUGAACACAAGAGGAAAGCAGGAAAACACGGCACAAAGUUAUAUUUAGGCUACUUUUUCA